UGAAGGGACACCAUGGAGAAACUGGAGACGGCUCCAGACUCUUCGCUUCUGGACAAAACCAAGAAGCCGAUCUCCAGGCCGCUCAACAAGUUCGAGCGUGUUUUCCAGCCCUGCCUGGCGGAGAUCCUGGGAACCAUGUUCUUUGUCUUCAUUGGCUGCGUGUCCGUCAUCGAGAACGCGCCUGCAGCGGGGCGGCUGCAGCCGGCUCUGGUGCACGGCCUGGCGGUGGCGGUGCUGGUGGCCGUCAUGGACAGAAUCAGCGGCUCCCAUUUCAACCCUCCGUUCACCGUGGCCGUCUGCCUGUGUGGCGGCGUGGAGUCGGCGAUGGUGGCGCCGUACCUGGUCAGCCAGCUGGUCGGAGGAGUCCUGGGGGCGGGCAUGGCAAAGCUGAUGACCAGCCCAGAACGCUUCAGCAACGCCAGCGGGGCGGCCUUUAACCUCCUGAGGUCAGAGAGCCAGCUGUACCGGGCGCUGUUCGGAGAGGCGGCCAUGACCUGCCUGGUGACCCUGGUGGUGCUGAUGGUGGCAGUCAACAGCCGGACCAAAACGCCCUUUGGCCCGUUUCUGGUGGGCAGCACCGUCAUGAUCAACAUCCUGGCAGGAGCUGAUAUUUCAGGAGCUUGUAUGAAUCCGGCCCGAGCGUUCGGUCCGGCCCUGAUCACCAACCACUGGACCUACCACUGGGUUUACUGGGUGGGGCCCAUUACAGGGGGGGCGGUGGCCGCUGCUCUGGUCAGGCUCGUCCUGGGAGAUCAGAAAUCACGAAUCGUCUGCAAGUCAUAAUUUGACUCUUUAUUGUCGAUAAACUUUAUCUCUGCAAGCCUUUGACUCAUCAUGUUUCAUGGAUGUUUUGACUUUUGCUGCUGUUGAUUUAUGAGUAAUAAAAACAAGGUUAAUGUUUAUGGUUUCUAAAGUUACAGUGAAAAAUUAAAACAAUAAUUCUGUUUAUUUAGAUGUUCAUCCGUCAACGUCAU